AUGGGUGCCUAUUACGACGAGAUUGAAAUCGAAGACAUGGUGUGGGAUGCCGAGAAGCGUGUCUAUCACUACCCAUGUCCCUGCGGAGACCGCUUUGAAAUUUCACGACAGCAGCUGGCCAAUUAUGAAGACAUUGCUACUUGUCCUAGUUGCAGUCUCAUAAUUCGUGUCAUUUAUGAUCCUGUGAGUUGA